CAGAAAGUGAAUCAGAUCGACUCUCAAACCCCUUUGUUCUCGGUCGGAUCGACCAACUACUCUAAUCGUUAAUAACAGUCUUUUGACCGUAUACGAUAGAACCACCGCCUCGCAGGCCGAAGGAAAGCUCCUAUACGGAGCAGCACCGUCUAACAACUUUUCUUGCAAGGGUUUGCCUGCGCACCCUUUGCUUCAUUGCUCGACUCUGACAGCUCAAGUGACUCUCUCCUUCAGCAAAUAUAUCAAGUUUGAGCAAGCCGCCGACUAUUAUUCAAAAUGUCAGGAAUCGAUGUCGAAGCUCUUCUCGACUCCACUGCCACUAGCGACGUCAAAGACUCUCCUCGCGAUAAUGAAGACCUACACCAGACCGAACGCAACGAGCGUCGCGACAAGGACAAGUAUCGUGAUGGCUCGCGAGACCGUGAUAGGGACCGUGAUCGCAAAAGACGGGAUCGAAGUCGAGAACAUCGAAGGGAUCGGGAUCGAGACAGAGACGAUGACAUAAGAAGCCCCAGAAGCGAACACGGCUCUGCUAAUGGCAGUCAUAGGAGCAGGAGGAGAAGUCGGAGUCGCGAAGAUGACAGAAGACGCUCCGGACGUGACGAAGGUUACCAUCGCCGACGAUCGAGGUCUCCUGGAUAUGAUCGCUAUUACCGAGCAGAAGGCCGAUCAAGACGUGACGACGAUGAGCGCCGGGAUCGUGAAAAGGGUCACAGAGACCGCCGUCGCUCCGAAAGUCCCAAAAACGCCCUGAAGCGCAAGACGCCAGAGCCACAGCUUACUGAGGAUGAGCGUGACAGGAGAACGGUUUUCGUACAACAACUUGCCGCGCGACUCCGAACAAAAGAGUUGAUCCAAUUCUUCGAGAAGGUCGGCCCGGUCAAAGAGGCACAGAUUGUAAAGGAUCGUGUCAGCGGACGUUCCAAGGGUGUUGGCUAUGUUGAGUUCAAAGAUGAAGAUUCGGUACCCCUCGCCAUUCAGAUGACUGGACAAAAGCUACUCGGAAUCCCCAUUAUCGCUCAACUCACUGAAGCAGAGAAGAAUCGACAAGCUCGCAACCCGGAGGCGAGCAGUGGCAACCAUAAUUCCGUUCCGUUUCACCGCCUUUAUGUUGGAAAUAUUCACUUCAGCAUAACUGAACAGGAUUUACAGAACGUCUUCGAACCUUUCGGUGAGCUAGAAUUCGUACAACUUCAAAAAGAUGAGACAGGUCGUAGUCGCGGUUAUGGCUUUGUACAAUUUCGUGAUCCCAAUCAAGCUCGUGAGGCUCUUGAGAAGAUGAACGGCUUUGAUCUUGCAGGUCGUCCCAUCCGCGUGGGUCUAGGCAACGACAAGUUCACACCCGAAUCGACGGCCAAUCUGCUUCAGCGCUUCCAGGGUCAAAACCACUCUGGUUAUCAAGGCUCUGCAUUUUCUGGAUCUGGCGGACGAGGUGCCCAUGCUGGUGGCUCUGGCGGGACCUUCGACCGCGCAGGCGGCCGUGACAAUGACAAAGGUACUGGUGGCGCAAGUGCGUUAGACGAUACAGAUGUUGCCGGUGUGAACUUCAACAACUAUAGCAGAGAUGCAUUGAUGCGUAAACUCGCCAGGACAGACGAUUCAAACGUCGAAUCCCAGAAGAAAACGGUUGUUCCGAAGAAGGAGAGCAAGCCUCUUCCUGUCAACGUGAGCCAAGCGAGUCGUUGUGUCUUGCUGCGUAACAUGUUCGACCCAGCUGACGAAGAAGGCGACAGCUGGAUCAAAGAGCUCGAGGACGACGUGCGAGCCGAGUGCGAGGAGAAAUAUGGUCACGUCGUGCACAUUUCGCUUGACCCGAAUACUCAGGGCGACAUCUAUCUGAAGUUCGAACGUGUAUCGGGUGGUGAGAACGCAAUCAAAGGCCUCAACGGCCGCUACUUCGGUGGUAGGCAAAUCAGCGCACAGCCAGUCGUUGACGCCGUCUACAGCAGCUUGUUCUCUAGGACCAAGGCAUUGUGACCUUUUCCGAACGAAGACAUUGAUCCGCAACUCCCAGCCACCAUGUCGCGAAUCAUGGUGGGACUAGAGCCUAUAUCAUCAAAGUCAGCACUCGUUACUGCAUCAAGGCCGGGCAUGCUAGUCGUUUUGGGAGGAGUUCGGGAUGGUCAGAGCUGGAAUCUCGACUGGUGUGUCAAGAUCCGGGGUUGUUGUUGUUGACAGUCUUUAGUGCCUUUCUCCAGGUCCUUUCCAGUACCAGGGCAUCGCGAGCACCAGUACUGCUUCACGCCCAUCCAGGUGCUCUAGUAGGUCGGCGUUGCAGUUUUUUGUUCGAUUUGAUCUUGACGACGUGAAUUUCUUUUCAUGCGAAGGACAUUAACCGAUAGCUAGGACAUACUCUUUUGAAUGCUACGGCGUCUUUUCUCUGACCAUCUAUGUGCUAGGGGUUUUAGUCACAUUCGAUGCUCUUCUUGCCUUGUUCUUUGAGCAUUUUGUAUGUCCCCUCCAGAAUCUGGAUGUUUACUGAUGUGUGAAAGUUCGUUAUGACUUUUUGAUAGUAAUCCACGCCCGUUGUAUACUCGUACUGAGUCGAAAAGAUGAUACGCACUCUUUCCUCUUCGCAGGUCAAACUAGGUUGUUCCCAGCCUUCAGUGCCGCAGAUGCCUCUUGGCCCCGGGUGCUUGGUGUUGCUCACUGGGCGAGUGUGUAG